ACUUAUCGUAUGAACAUAUUAUUUGAGAACGAAUAUGUACAAUAAAGAGAGAACUAUUUUACAUAAGUUGCAAAACACUUUGUUUUUAUUACAUUAUUCCCUUAAGUGACUUUGCAAUAGAAUGUUACUUAAAAUUUUAAUGAAAAUUGUGGGAUGUAAAUAGUACAAUUAUUACGAACAAUGAAACAUUUUGGUACAGUAAGAACAAUGAAAAGUGUGAUAGUAUUACAAGCAGUGAUUGUUUUGUUCAUACCAAAUUGUGGAGUCUGUCUGGAGCUCGUGCUACCAUACUUUACAGAUGAGAUGCAGCCAAACAGUAUCAUCGAGUACGUGUAUUAUCCGUUCGAGGUAGAAUGGAGCGCUGCAAGGACUGUAUGCCAAAAUAUUGGCGGGGAUUUGGCAAAAAUCGACUCGAAGAAACUUAUGGACGCUAUUUUAUCGAUUUCUAUAGAAAAUUAUCAGCAGGAUAUUUGUAAAACUGACUAUUGGGUUGGACUUGUUGAGUAUCAACCAGAGGGGCACUACUGGGUGUCAGACUGUAGUAACCUUACAUACACAAGUAAUUACCCAAGCGGCGCCGAUCAAAAGUGUUUUAGACAUAAAAAGGGUACCCAUAAGGGGGAAAGUAGGUCGUGUACAGAAACUAAUUCAUUUUUGUGCCAGAUCGUAACAAAUGAUAAGUGCAUGUACACAGGCUUCAUUGUAAGUGACGUAAUAUCCGUGGAUACCAACAUGACAGUUUGUAAGAAUUUAUGUAACAUGGACCCGAAAUGUUGGGGAACUGCCGAGUACGUUCCUGACAGCUGUGUUAUGCUUGCUUUGGAAGGAUAUGGUGUUCAGAAUUUUACGAUGUCGUACAAAGGUUGCGUUAAUGUAACUGAGAAUACAACAGCUAUUGCAAAUCCGGACAACGAUAAUAACUACCCUAUUCCUUACGCAACGUGUGGAUUCAUAUUACCCACGCCUUCAUAUGUAGCAGUCGCAUCGUCUAUAGGUCUACCUUCGUGCGAACCCGUGAAUGUUACAUCGUAUGUUACAACAACAGUCAACGUACCCCUAACAAAGACUAUAACUGUACUUUCUACAUUGGUUCAAAAUAUAUCAAACGAAGAAGCACAAGAAGUGGCCGAAGAAAUUGUUAAAAAUCUAACGAUUGACUCAAAAUCAACAUCGUCACACCUCCGAAAGCUUUCCAGUGCCAAAGACACCCGCAAAUCAGCGACAUUCGUUGGCUACGUUGGGGUAUUGUUUGUUUUUGUCCCCCUUGGGAUUCUCUUUCUAGCUGAUAUUAAAAAGUUGGUACAAGAUUUCAUCUCGCAUGACCAUAUUUACAAAAGAAAGAAAAAUUAGGUAUACCAAUUUUCACAAUAAACAUAGUAUUUAUCAGUUGAAAAGUUUAGUAUACUUGUUUAAAAUUUUCCAUUCAACUUAUCAUUUCUGCGAUGUAGAAAUGUUUAUUACGAUAUGAGACAUGAUAGAUGGAGAGUAGCGCUGAAUGUGAAAAUAUUUGCAAUAAAACUAACAAAAAUGUAAAAAAAAACAAAUUAGUAGAUUCGAUAGUGUGGGCUUGUAAAAUGCUUUGUCACAAUCAUCUCAUUAUUGACUGUUUUCUCAUUGACUGUUGUUAAACCUUGCUCUUCUAAAUAUCUCUGUUCAGUUAUAUACAUGUAUUUUGAAAAAGUGUAUAGAAUGUUGUUUUUUUUCCCCAGUCUGACGAGACAGACAAGGCGGAUGGCUGUGUAUCUUUUCCUCGGGGGCCAUUUGCAAAGACAUUGUAAAUAAUAUGAACAGUAUUUUUGUUUUGAGCAAUGCAGAGGUAACAAGGAAAUUAGUGAUUUCUGUGCAAUUGCGUUCAUAACAAAAGACCUUAAUUUGCACAACUUUUAUGUCUUUGCAGAUGGCUCUUGAAUAAGAUGACACAUACAGCCGUCAUGUUUUCCACGUCAGACUGGAAAAAAAACACCAUUUUUUACAUGUCAAAGAAUAAGAAAAGUUUAAACUUUAUGAUUUUUAAAAAGAAUGAAUAUGAUUCAUAAAAGUGAUAUAUUCUUGUUGUGACAACAUCUUUUUAACAAAACAUGCAGGUAAUAAAACAGAAUUCC